UCGUUUGAGCGUCCUGGAACCAAUAGCUGUGUCUGUCUGUGUUGUUUUUCCUGGCUGCUUGUCUGUGGCACAGGAGGAACGCUAGCUAGCAUUCUGUUAAAAUUCGGCUAACGUACGCCUCUGAUUAUCUGAUCGAAGUAAUGAAUUUAUUACCGUCAAAUGCACACGGGAACGGACUCUUGUACGCGGGAUUCAACCAGGAUCAUGGAUGCUUUGCUUGCGGAAUGGAGAAUGGGUUUAGAGUGUACAACGCAGACCCACUCAAAGAGAAAGAAAAACAAGAGUUCAUGGAGGGCGGGGUCAGCCAUGUGGAGAUGCUGUUCAGGUGUAACUACCUAGCGCUGGUCGGAGGAGGGAAGAAGCCCAAAUAUCCACCUAACAAAGUGAUGAUCUGGGAUGACCUGAAGAAAAAGACGGUUAUAGAAAUCGAGUUCUCCACGGAGGUCAAAGCAGUGAAGCUUCGAAGGGACAGGAUCGUUGUGGUCCUGGACUCUAUGAUCAAAGUGUUCACGUUCACCCACAACCCUCAUCAGCUGCAUGUGUUUGAGACCUGCUAUAACCCCAAAGGUCUGUGUGUGCUGUGUCCCAACAGUAACAACUCUCUCCUGGCGUUCCCGGGCACCCACUCUGGGCAUGUGCAGAUCGUAGACCUGGCCAACACAGAGAAGCCUCCAGUGGACAUCCCCGCCCAUGAGGGGGCGCUGUGCUGCAUCGCCCUCAACCUGCAGGGAACCAGGAUAGCCACCGCCUCCGAGAAAGGAACCCUGAUCAGAAUAUUUGACACCAUGGCAGGUCACCUGAUUCAAGAGUUGAGGCGGGGGUCACAGGCCGCUAACAUCUACUGCAUCAACUUCAACCAGGACGCGUCCCUCAUCUGUCUGUCUAGUGACCAUGGUACAGUCCACAUAUUCGCUGCAGAGGACCCCAAGAGGAACAAACAGUCCAGCUUAGCCUCGGCUAGUUUCCUUCCUAAGUACUUCAGCUCCAAGUGGAGUUUCUCCAAGUUCCAGGUUCCAUCAAAUUCGCCGUGUGUGUGUGCCUUUGGAACAGAACCCAACUCUGUCAUAGCCAUUUGUGCUGACGGCAGCUACUACAAGUUCCUGUUCAACCCGAAGGGGGAGUGUUCCCGAGACGUCUACGCCCAGUUCCUGGAGAUGACUGAUGAGAAGAUCUGACCUUUAACCCAGACUCCUCCUGCAGACAGACAAGACGUGUGUGUAUUUUUUGGAGCAGGAGGACAAGGGGGGCUGGACAGAAGGAGGAGGUUAGGUGUCUCUGCUCACCCAGUGCUGAUAGACUCUCAAUGGAGAGAGGGAGACCGCCUUAGAAACGACAAGACGGAUGGAGGGAGCGAUGAAGGAAGUCGAUGUCCUCUCUGACACAAACUACUUAGAGACCAUCCUUGAACAACUAGCAAAGGACAGACAGAUGGACAGACUGUCACCUGGACCUUGUUGUCCUGCUACUCUGAGAACCAAACAGGGAAAUGUAUUUUUGUUGCUUUUUAGAGAUGUCUUCCGAUACCAAUGAUCGGUUGAUUAUUCUGGUUAUUUUUUUUUAAAGGCGUAUUGCGUUAAUUCCAAUAGGUAGAUACAUAGAAAAAUAAAUAUUGUAAACUAACACCACCUAAUCUAAAUAUAGGGAGUGCCUCUGAGCUGAAUCAAUAUUGGAGUGUGUAUAUACUCGCAUAUGUGCCUUCAGGAAGUAUUCUUAACCAUUGUUGUUACAGCCUGAAUUCUAAAUUGAUUAAAUAUAUAUAUAUAUAUAUAUUUUU